UAACACUAUAAAAGAUAAACCCUAGCUCUCUAUCACUUCUCUCAAGCACGGAACCCUCGUUGGAGCUCUAGGUGAUCGGCGGGCCGCAGUAGCAGCAGCAGAACAGCGUAGUAGCCGCAGACAUGGAGACGGCAAGAACUGUGAAAGACGUUUCGCCUCAUGAGUUCGUCAAGGCCUAUGCCGCUCACCUCAAGCGCUCCGGCAAGAUUGAGCUUCCCCACUGGACUGAUAUUGUGAAGACUGCUACCUUCAAAGAGCUUGCCCCAUAUGACCCCGAUUGGUACUACAUCAGAGCUGCAUCUAUGGCAAGGAAAAUCUAUUUGAGAGGAGGACUUGGUGUUGGUGGUUUCCAGAGGAUCUAUGGUGGGCGCAAGAGGAAUGGUAGCCGACCACCCCAUUUCUGCAAGAGCAGUGGCUCCAUAGCUCGUCACAUACUUCAGCAAUUGCAGACUAUGAACAUAAUUGACUUUGAUUCAAAGGGUGGGAGGAAGAUCACAUCCAGUGGCCAGCGGGAUCUUGACCAAGUUGCUGGAAGGAUUGUGAUUGCUCCUUGAGAGUUGUGGAAUCAAGCCUUGCUAUGGAUACAUUAAGAUAGUUGUGAUUUGUUAUUUCCGUUGUUUGGAUCAAGUAGAUUUAAUUUGCUGUUACAUUAAUUUUCGGCUCUGCCUGAGACCCGCCUGUCAUGAACCAUGUCAUUUUUGACUGGGUAUGCUAGUUGUUUUUAACUGUCUAGUUUCUGAAAUUCGUUUCUAUAAAAUGAUGAUUCUGUUUGGUUUACUUGCUUUUUCAUCUGCAGAAACUGUCUUUAACUUUGGACUUGGUAUUUCU